AUGUUCGCCACCCCCCUCCUCCUCCUCACCACUCUCGCAGCAACUGCAUUCUCUAUAUCCAUCCCAACCACCGAUGCUAGUGCUCGUGCUGGGAUUGAAAAACGUGGUUCUGCAUCUACAUCUUCGAUCCCCGAUGUGCAGUGGAAAGUGUCGAAUUUUACUAGACCAUGCUUCACCACGAUCUGCACAUACAAUUUCACCAUUAGUGUGAUUCCCAGCAGUGGUUCUAUUGUCAAUAUCCCCUGCCUCUACAACGACACCGCCACCCUCCCCCAAGCGCACUCCUACUCCGCCCUCGCCUGCACCGGCGCCCCCACCUGGCAAGUAAACUGGGGCUACAACCCCAACGGUGAUUUUGCCGUCAUGACUGUUGUUGAUACUGUCAAGGGACAGGAUGCAUUCUUUGGUUACAGCGGCGUGGCAGCCUCCUCCAAAUUCCAAGAUGAGGGUCCCAAUACCGUGUAUGCCCUUGGUACAUUUUCCUAA